CAUUAUCGUCUCUCUAACAAUUCAGAUUAAUUAUAUAUGAAUUUAGCCACCAAAAAAAUCGACAGGCUCGUAUAAUAGUUCAUAUGAAGAAAGUGUUUAAAACGCCGGUACGGCGGUUAGAGCGUAGUGACGUGGUAAAGCAUAACAAAGCUAAUGCAGCGUCUUUUUCUAGCUCAUCUGAAGAUCAAUCCAUUUCAAAUUCUUCUCUCUGGAGUGCUCUGAUGACGCGCUCUGGAGAGUUCCCGGAUCGAAGCAGUUUCAGGAACUUCAGAGAUGAAGAUUGAGAUAUGGAUCCUGGUGAUUUGGCUAUUUCUGUUGAAGCCUGGGAAGCUUACAAGAAGCGAGAUGAGUUCAAGUCUUCCGACCACGAGAUUCACAAGUAUCCAGUUCAUGAUUUGAAUGAAGCAGGUCCUAGUGGUCAUGCUGAUUCUGAGUUGACGUGGUCAGAGGCAAGCGAGAGUGGGAGUUUUAGGAAUUUGUCGGAUAAAGUUGUGCUUGAUGGUGGUAGUAGAGAAGAGAAUAAACGUGGUCUUCAGACGAAGACGAAUAAGGUAAUGUCGAGAGGCUAUCUUGUUCCCAGUCCCAGUGAUGUUGUGGCUGUUGUUGGUGGUGGUGGUGGUAUAGAGGGAGUAAGACCACUGGGGCUUAAGCUUCCUCCGGCGAAACAACCUCCUCUUGAACAUCAUGGAUCAUCUUGGGAUUUUCUUACGCAUUUCGCUCCAGUAGGUGAAAUUGUUAGGCGGCCAAGUUCCUCUUCUUCUUCCGAGGGAGGGGAAGUGGAAAGGGAGGCGAGGCUUCUCGAGUCUGCGGAUACAGCUGAUAAGGCAUGCCCAUUCACUACAAACAAGGGUGGUGACUCCUCUAGUACAGUAUCUAAUACUUCACCAGUUUGUGCAAACGGUGGAUCUAUCAUCACGUCGUGGCAGAAGGGUGACCUUCUGGGACGAGGAUCAUAUGCCAGGGUGUAUGAAGGCAUUUCAGAUGAUGGGAACUUCUUUGCUGUCAAGGAAGUUUCACUACUCAGAACAGGGAAUUCAGGCACAAGAGUACAUAAAACAACUCGAAAGGGAGAUUUCAUUACUAAGUCAGCUUCAGCAUCGGAAUAUCGUGAGAUAUCUUGGCGCAGCCAAGGAUGGGUCGAAUUUGUACAUCUUUCUUGAGCUUGUAACCCAAGGUUCCCUUCUAAAACUUUACCGAAUAUACAAGCUUCCGGACUCUGUAGUAUCCACGUACACAAGACAAAUCCUUAAUGGCUUGAAAUAUCUCCACAGAGAAGGUAUUGUCCACCGGUAAGACUAGUAGAAACUUUUCUCCAUUGUUUUUCCUCAUACUCUCUUGUUUCCCUUAUGUUUCUCUCUGAUGCGACAAAGGGACAUCAAAUGUGCAAAUAUAUUGGUGGACGCCAAUGGAUCUGUUAAGCUUACAGAUUUUGGAUUGGCAGAGGUGUCAAAAUUUAACGACAUUAAGUCCACCGAAGGGACUCCAUUUUGGAUGGCUCCAGAGGUUAUUAACCGGAAGCGUGCUAACGGGUAUGGAAGUUCAGCUGAUAUAUGGAGUUUUGGGUGCACAGUACUGGAAAUGCUGACUGGUCAAAUUCCUUAUAGAUCUAGACAAUCCAGUAAGACUAUAUACGAUAGAUUCAAGACACAACACCCUCCACAUCAUCUUUUCUUUCUUCCACAUCAGUUUCUCUCUCUUCCAACUAAUAAUUCAACACCCACUCAUUUUUUAUACUCUACAAUAGUUUGUUUAAAAUAAAAUUCAACACCCUACCCUACAAUUUUUAUUUUCCAUUUUUUUGUU